GAGGAGCUUGAGGUUCUAGGGCGCGAGGGAAGCGGCUAGCGGGGGCGAGGGGGCGUGCACGUGAAUAGCCUGGCCGGAUCUCUGGCAUGGCCGAGGCCAGGAAGCGGCGGGAGCUGCUUCCCCUCGUUUACCAUCAUCUGUUGCAAGCAGGCUACGUCCGCGCAGCGCGGGAAGUAAAGGAGCAGAGCGGCCAGAAGAGUUUCCUGACUCAGCCCGUCACCCUUCUGGACAUCUAUACAUACUGGCAACAGACCUCAGAGCUUGGCCAGAAGCAGAAAGCAGAGAAUGAUGAGACACUUGAAGCUAAGAAGUCUCGAGUGUCAGACCCUAUUAGCAGCUCAGAGAGCUCGGAGGAGGAGGAAGAAGAGGCAGAAACCGAAACUGCCAAAGCCACCCCAAGACCAACACCUGUCAACUCUGCAGCCGCAGCUUUGCCAUCAAACAUAAAAGAGAAGGCAAAGACCAAGACACCCAACAAGACGGUGAACUCUGUGCAGCGCCCUGUGUCUGGAAAAACAGUGGUCCACCUGCUCUCCGGGAAGUCACCCAAGAAGUCAGCAGAGCCCUUGGCAAACACUGUCUUAGCCUCAGAGACUGAGGAGGAGGGUAGUGCUCAAGUCCUCAGACCCGCUGCCAAGCCUGGAACGGCGUCGGCGUCGGCGUCAGCGGGCCAGGCCAGCAGCUCCAGUGACGAUUCCUCCAGCUCAAGUGAUGAGACAGAUGUCGAGGUGAAAUCCUCAACAAAACCACCCCAGGCCAAAGCUCCAGCAGCCUCUACCAAGAAUCCUCCAGCAAGAACAGCCCCAGGCCCUACCAAGUUAGGAAAUGUGACGCCCACACCGACAAAACCUGCCAGGGCUGUGGUGGCAGUGGCUGCGGCUGCGGCUGCAGAGUCUGAGAGCAGUGAGGAGGACUCAGAGAGUGAGGAUGGGGCCCCUGCUGUCCUGCCCAGCCAGGCAAAGACCCCUGGAAACGGUCUUCAUGUCAGAGCCACCUCCACGUCUGCCAAGGGGAUCUCUGGGAAAGGGCCCAUCUCAGCAACCCCAGGGAAGCCUGGGUCCAUAGCCACGCAGGCCAAGGCAGGAAGGCCAGAGAAGAAUACCGAAACCAGCAGCGAGGAUGAUUCUGACAGUGAGGAUGAAAUGCCAGUCGCUGUGACCACUCCUCAGGCAAGGCCUUCCGGGAAGAGCCCUCAGGUCAGAGGUACCUCCGCCUCUGUCAAGGAGUCGUCCCAGAAAGGGGCCCCUGCAGUCACCCCUGGGAAGGCUGGGUCUGUGGCAACCCAGGCCCAGGCAGGGAAGCUGGAGACCGAGAGCAGUGAGGAGUCAGAAAGCGACAGUGGGGAGACACCAGCAGCUGGGACGCUGACCACGAAUCCAGCCAAGGUGAAACCUUUGGGGAAAAGCCCCCAGGUCAGACCUGCUUCUGCCAUAAGCCCGGGGUCAUCAGGAAAAGGUGCCAACCCACCCAUCCCUGGGAAGGCGGUGGGGUCAGCAGCUCUCAAGGCCCAAAUUGGAAAGGAUGAGGAGGACUCAGAGAGCAGCAGUGAGGAGUCAGACAGUGACGAGGCUGUGAGCCCAGCCAAGGCAAAGCCCCCGGGGAGAAAGGCUACCCCUGCACUCCCUCAGAAGGCGGGGCUCGUGGCCACUCAGGUCAAGACUGACAGGGGCAAAGACCACUCAGAGAGCAGUGAGGAGUCAACUGACAGCGAAGAGGAGGUAGCACCAGCAGCCCCUGCCACUCAGGCCAAACCAGCUCUGGAAAAGCAGAUGAAAGCUUCCCCUAGGAAAGGCACGUCUGCAUCCGCUACAGGAGCCAGCGCCUCAUCCCAUUGUAAGACAGGGGCAAUGACGUCUUCAGCCAGCCUUUCAUCCCUAGCCAAGGGCACUCAGAAGCCAGACGUGGACUCUUCUAGUGAGUGGGAGUCAGAAGGAGCUGCUCCCAGCACCACCAGGGUACAGGGGAAGUCUGGGGGUAAGGGCCUCCCAGGGACAGCUGCCUCGGGACAAGGGACGGCCCCAGCACACACUCAGAAGACAGGGCCUCCAGCUGCCCAGGUCAAAGCUAUGACUCAGGAAGACUCAGAGAGCAGUGAGGAGUCCAGCAGCGAGGAAGAAGAUGAGACCCCAGCACAGGCCACACCCUUGGGGAAACUUCCUCAGGCCAAAGCCAACCUACCUCCCACUAAGACAUCGCCCGCAUCUGCAUCUGGAAAAGCGGUGGUUGCUCCACCCAAGGCAAGUGGAACCACAAAACAAGGAAAACCACCUGUGAGUACUGUACAGAACAGUACCAGCUCUGCAAGGGGCCAGCGGUCUGUGCCAGCCGUGGGAAAAGCAGGGGCCCCAGCAACCCAAGCACAGAAGGGGCCCAUGGCUGGCACAAGGGAGGUCUCAGAGAGCAGCAGUGAAGAGGAGUCUAGCAGUGAAGAAGAGACGCCGGCCCAGAUAAAACCUGUGGGGAAGGCCUCUCAGGUCAGAGCUGCCCCAGCCCCUGCCAAGGAGUCUCCUAAAAAAGGAGCCCAUCCAGGAACCUCCAGAAAGACAGGGUCUCCAGCUACCCAGGCCCAGACAGGGAAGACAGAAGACUCAGAGAGCAGCAGUGAGGACUCUGACAGUGAUGGAGAGAUGCCAUCAACCGCCAUCCCAGCCCAGGAUGCUGUCUCCCAACCUGCCAGAAACAAAGCCUCAGGCCCAGCGCCUCCGGAGAAGAACAUAGACGGGUCCUCAGGAAGCAGUGAUGAGGAUCUGCCGUCCGGCCAGGCGAUUAAAUCCCCUCCAAUUUCUGUCAACCCUAAUCGUGGACCAGCUAUCCCAACUCCUACCCCAGAACAAGUCCGGGCUGUGAACACCACAAGAAAGGCCCAGGCCUCAGGCGGCGCUGCCCAGAGCUCCUCCUCUGAGAGUGAGGGUGAAGACGUGAUCCCUGCCACACAACCCCCCACCCAUGAUAUCAGAACCAGUGUGACGACGCCCACAGCCCUCUCACGAACAGCCUCCCAACCCAGCAAGAGUGAGCCGUCUAGUCUGAGGCCAAAAGGCAAGAACCGGAAGGCAGCAUCCACUCAGAUCAGCAGUGCUGCGGAAGCUCUUCCCGUGACACCUCCCCAGAGCAACCCUGUCCAGCCCAAAGCUACCAACAAGCUCGGGAAGCCCAAACUUCCUGAGAAGCAGCAGCUUACCCCAGGCUACCCCAAGGCCCCCGGGAGCUCAGAGGACAGCAGUGACACCUCUUCAGAGAGCGAGGAGGAUGCCAAGAGACCCCAGACGUCCAAGUCAGCCCACCGACUGGAUCCAGCUGCUUCCCAGAAGGAAACUGUGGUAGAGGAGACCCCUACAGAAUCCAGCGAAGAUGAGAUGGUGGCCCCCUCGCAGUCUCUCCUCUCAGGUUAUGUGACUCCUGGCUUGACCGUGGCUAAUUCCCAGCCUUCAAAAGCCGCUCCUAGGCCCAACUCCAACUCCUUGGUUUCCUCUGCCCCAGCCACCAAAGAUAACCCGGAUGGCAAGCAGAAAUCAAAAUCCCAACACUCCGCAGAUACCACACUCCCUAAAGCCGGUCGGAAAGAGGCCUCCUCAGGCUCCACACCUCAGAAGCCCAAGAAACCCAAGAAGAGCACCUCGAGCUUGCCAGCCCCCGCACAGACGCUGCCGAACAGCCUCACCCAGCGCCUCCUGGAGCAGGCCUGGCCCCUGAGCGAGGAGCAAGUGCACGCCUCGGUGGUGAAGGUCCUGACAGAGCUGCUGGAGCAGGAAAGGCGGAAAGCCACCGAGGCCAUCAAGGAGAGCGGGAAGAAGGGCCAGAAGCGGAAGCUCUCAGGGGAGCAGCUAGAAGCUGGGGCCCCAAAGAAGAAGAAGAAGCUGCAGCUGGUGCCUGGGGCAAGUGCUGUUUCCCCAGAAAAGACCCCCAGGACUUCCAAGGCAAAAUCAAAGCUAGACAAAGGGAGUGCUUCUGGCAAGGGGAAGGGGACUCCUGGCCCCCAAGGAGCCAAGCAGCCCGAAGGCGAGCCGCUGGGGGUAAAGCUUGAGAGCGGAGAACAGACGGACCCAAAGAGCAAGAAGGAAAAGAAGAAAUCCAGCAAGAAAAAAAAGGACAAGGAAAAAAAGGAAAAGAAGAAAGGAAAAAAGACCCCAGCCAAAGACCCUGCCUCACCUGCCCAGAAGAAGAAAAAGAAGAAGAAGAAGGCAGCCGAGCCUGCUGUGUGAGGGGCAGCGCAUGGGACAGAGUCUUGUCAGAGCGUGAUCAUCUCCGGGCCUCUGACCUCUGGCCAGUGUGAAUUGGGACUGGACUUUUUAACUUGCCCUCCCUCAACAGAAGAUGAUAGUUGGUGUGUGCUCUUGGCCAAGCCAGUGAGCUGCAGGGAAGCCGCAGGUCCAGGAGGAAGUGAAAUGCAUCAGACGCCCCCUCCGAGUGCUGCAUGAGAUGUGUACAGUAUAUAUAUUUUUCUAAGCGACUUGCCUCUCCCCCUUCACAUUCAACAUGCCCAGAGGCCUCGGGACCUCCCUCCACGGUAUUCUGCAGAGCCAACAAGGUCCUGCGUGUGGGUUAUCCCAUACCCUGGAUACCCUGGCCUAGCCUGAGGCCUUGGCCCAUCAGUUUUUCCAGCUGUUUUGGUCUUGUUGAUUUUUUUUUUUAAAGAACUCAAAAUAAAAGACUUUAAAUAUAAA